AAAAUAAUACUAUCCAAUAAUCUCUUAAACACUUCAUUAACUUGUAGAAGAGUUUUUUUUUUUAGUUUCUCUAUUUAUUGGCCAUGUGAGAUCUUCUCUUCCUCAACUCCAACUCCAACUCCAUUAAAUCCUCUCUUGAUCUCAACCUUAGGUUCCUUCAGAGUCUUGGAAAUAAGUUUUAAAAACGGGCGUUAGUGUUGACGUUGAGAAAAUGCCUUGUCUUUACAUUACGACAAACGUUAAUUUGGACGGCGUUAACACCGAUUUGUUCUACUCGGAAGUCACCGAAGCCGUCGCUUCCAUCGUCGGACGGCCUCAGAACUUGGUGAUGGUGGUGUUGAAGGGGUCCGUAGAAAUAGUGUUCGGUGGGAACAAAGAAGCAGCUGCAUAUGCAGAGAUUGUGUCAAUGGGAGGUAUCACCAAACAAGUUAAGAGACAACUCAUCUCGACCGUUGGUUCUAUUCUUCACACUCAUUUCUCUAUUCAUCCCUCUCGUUUUAUCUUUAAGGUUUUUGAUAUCACAUCUUUGCCUCUCCCUUCUAAACUAUAGUUUUACGAUCUUUCUAUUGUUUCAUCAUACACAAAGUAUGAAUUUGGUUUGAUAUCAUUCGAGUUAACGUACACAUACAGCCACAUAUCCCCUUCUUGAACUCUGUUGUAUGUUUACAAGCUUGAUUAUUCUAUUGUAUUAUCAUC